AUAGCACAGCUCACGUCUUGCAAGAAAAUUCACGAUUUUUACGGGUAAAAUUGGCAUGCGGUUAGUAUAAUUUACAGCCUGUAAAACACAUCAACCUUCUCCUUCAAUACUGUAAUGAAAUUAUGUCACCAGAUACAGCAUGGCUAAACAAGUGAAUAAUUCACACCACACACUCAACAGAUUGUUUUCUCUCUAUGAGAGACAGGAGUUCUCGGAUAUUCAGCUAAAAGUUGGAAAUACAAGGUAUGCUACACACAGGAUGGUUUUAUGUAUGAGCAGUGAUGUUUUCAAGACAAUGCUUUCCAGCGAUACAUGGCCAGAGGGUAGAAGCAAUCUUAUUGUUCUUCAAGAAGAUGUAGAAUGUGCUGCUGUAUUUCAACUCUUUCUGAAAUAUCUGUAUAAAGGACAGGUGGACUUGGAUAAGAAUAACAUUUUGCCGUUAUUAACUUUGGCGGAUAAAUAUGAUGUUUCGGACCUGUCAAAGUCAUGUUUGGAUUAUAUACGCGAGAACUGCACCCCACAGUCGAAGCACGUCGUCAUUUCGUGGUUACAGUAUGCCCUGAUGUGCGGAUAUAAAAAUGUGGAAGAAGUGUGCCUUCAGUUUCUGCUGUGUAAUUUUGAGUUGGUGAUGAACACGGCAGAAUUUAUUAACACCAGUAAGGAUGUACUCCUAACUUUCCUCCAAAGCUCGGACCUUGUCAUCAAUGGAGAAUAUAGUUUGUACGUUGCAGUGAAAAGAUGGCUGACUGAGAAUGAAUGUGAGCAUAUAGAGGAUACAAAAAUACUGUUUCAGUCAUUAAUGGAGAAAAUACGGUUUCCCAUGAUGCAUCUGUCAGAACUCGCAACUCUCGAAAACGAUCAGUUUGUAAAUGAUCACAAAGAAUUUUAUCUGCGAAACAUUUUUUCUGCCAUGAAAUAUCAUACAUUAAAUUUAGAUAUAGUUGGUAUGACUCCUAAAGAUAUUAACAGGUGGGGUGCAAAGUCUGUUCCGAGAGUUUACGACACGGAAAGUUGGAGUACAAGCAUCACGGUUGAUAAUUUGUCUGCAGUGAAGCAAGGUGAAGUGCGAGGAGCAUUUUUUACAACUCCAUCUAGUUGCUCUGAUGCUGAUCAACACAGCCAUUUAGACUGGCAUGUUAUGUUCUAUCCAAAGGGGGUCGUUUAUGAUCCUUGUGUCGUGAUAAGGGUGCCAACAAAUUUGAUGAACCCGGGUGCAGUGUGUAAAACUGUGAGACUUGCUCUGUCAACACAGUGUGAAAGGAAAAGAAGAUUCAAGAUAACAGUACUGGUUAUGGCGACUGAAGGUGUACAAGAAGAAUUUGUUUGUUACGCUAAUACGAAAGAUGCCAUAUUUGAUAAAACUCACACUUUGUUUAAUUUUGACCACGUUAUACCUUUUGAGGAUCUUUUCAAGUCUAAUUCUGCAUAUAAGCCUGAUAUUGAUACUUUAAAAAUUAAGAUAGUGAUUAGACCUAUGAGUGCAGUAGGUUAAGUAAAACGUCCUGGAGAGACAUUUACAGUUUGAUUGGUUA